AUGUGCGAAUGUAGACUACAAUGUAACAAUGUAGACAGGUUGGGUCGAAACGACUGGGUGGCAUAUGAUGCAUCUUAUGGCACGUGCAGAGAUUGCCAGGGUAGGCUUUGCAGAUGCCGUGGGAGUGCGCCUCGGGCUGGUGUUGUCUUCCGGGGCUUCGGCCAUCAUCGCGGGGCUUUAGCCUUCUUUUUCGGCAGCGGAACGACCGCGGUACUUGCAUCUUGCAUUCUCUUGCAUUCUCUUGCAUUCUCUUGCAUCUCUUACGCUUUCGUGACAGGAGAGCUUCAUCAGGAAGCACGGGGCCGGCCUCCAAGCGCACGCAACGCUGCCACCUCCCACGCCUCCCCGCCGUCCCGUGAUCGAAGCAGAAGUUUCCGGAGCCACAAGUGGCCGGCAGCAGGUGGAGAGAUGAAGGUGCUUCUGCCGAACCAGGUUGCAGAAGACCUUCAUCAAGACGGGGUCUUGAAAGACAUCGCCAGCAAAUCGAAGGCGUCCGUGGACCUGAUGGAAGCUGUGGGCGAGCUGCACCAGUUCGUUGAAGGGCACCGGCUGCUCAUCAUCCGUGGGCAAGCAGGAAGCGAGCUUCAGGCAGCAGUGGAAGACUUGCUCGGCAAGGCAAGAUUGAACGGUCGAGCGCACGGUCCAGGCGGCUCGAAGCUGAAAAUCCUCCUUCCCAGGCACCUCGCUGCCGUGGUCAUCGGCAGAAGAGGGGCGAACAUCAAGGACCUUCAAAGAACGACAGGCACCAGCGUCCAGGUGGAGAAUGGUUCAACAGGAAUGGAUCGGGUGGCCACGGUGUGUGGAUCUCCCGCAGCCAUUUUGAAUGCAUUGGGGAGGAUCCACAGCUUUGGGACGGAGGACGAGGAAGGGGUUGGCUCCGAUGGUCCUGACAGCCACGACCGCCCUUACGGCCAUGGCCACGAAAGUCCUUUCCAAAGCCGUUCCGGUGAUCAUUCCGGCCCUUAUCGCCACGAUGGGCCCGAUGGCCGUGAUAGCCGUCAUGGUGUCGACCCUGACGGCCCCCAAGCUGAGAGGGAUGGGCGCCCUUGCUCGGACGAGGAGGAAGAAUCGUUGGAGGAUAACAGGCGGAAGAAGAGAAAGCCACCUCCAAAGCCAGCAGCUCCAUGGGAAGUUCGAGAGCAUCCAGAGGCUCCAGGAGAGUUCUACUACCUGAACAUGGAAACGGGCGACACGACCUGGGAAAGGCCGGCAGGGAACGAUGCCAAGCCGUCCGCGCCUCCUCCAUGGCGAGUUCUUGAGCAUCCGGAGGCACCAGGAGAAUUCUACUAUCUCAACGAGGACACCGGUGAGACCUGCUGGGAUUUGCCAGAAGGUGUAGUGAUACAUUCAAGGACGUGUUGGAAGGGUCCACUAGGGAUUGCUUCAGCAGGAGUCGUUUAA